AUGACGAAGGACGAUAAGAUUAGGUACCUGAGGUUGAAUCAAGUUUUCCACAAGGCACUGACACAAUCGAUAUCGAAACUACAGAAUUGGGAUAUAGUAAGUUCAUGCUUCCCGGAUUAUGCCAGUACAAGGGAAGGUUCUACCAAUCUCAGUAAUUGUCAGGCACAAGUGAUUGAAUUUUGGACUGAAAUAUGUAGGAGAGAAUUCGAAGAGAUCCUGAGGGAGAGGAACGUUAAAGUGAAAUUAGAUGAAUUGGAUGAAUUGAUAUUGGAAGCUAGAGAAAGACUACGAACACUACCACGAGAUGAGAAGGGAAAUCAUGCUAAGAGCACCCCGAUCGAUGAAUUAUCAAGUAGUAAAUUGAUCGAGUGUAAUUUAUAUUCACAAAGGCUACAAACGAUGGAACAGCUGGAUCAAAGAUUACAUAAAUUGAAUCGAGUCAAUCGAGAUCUAGAUAAGGAGUUACAAGAAUUGGAAUCAUCGAUUGAUUCUGAUAGAAAAGAUUUAAGUCAAUUGUAUGAUAGAUAUGUGGGUCAAACGGUUAAUAAUCCAUUGGAUGAAACCCUGGUACAAGGUUUGAAUGAUAUGUUAUUGGAACUUAGGGAAGAAUUGUAA